UUCUACCAAAUUCCGCACUUCUGUAGGUCUCUGCCCUAAAUACAUUAAUUUUCAUCUUACUCCAGUCUCGGAUGAUGUUUUUCGUGCUAAAUACGUCCUUCGUGGCUAUUGUACAUCGUUUAGGGAGUGAGCAGCGAAAGAAGUAACAUCUCUCUUCUUUCGUGAACGAUUCAAGGUACUGAAAAAGAAUUUAGUUCUGCUACGCUGCAGGAUGUACGGAUUACGUAGCGAGGAUCCCGCACUGACUUCCAGAGGCGCUUUCAGACCCAGUGGGAUGAGGUGCCGAGGCAGAAACCGCUCAUGACGACCACCUGUUCCACCUGUCGCCACAAAGCGGGCAGCCGUUGACUCGCAGCAGGUGGAGACUUCAGUACUGCGGCACGCAGUUCCGUGCAGCGUCGUCAGUUUCCAGGCGCAGACACCGAUCGCGACUUGGGUAAUCGUUCUUGAUUACCAUUCAACAUAGACAAGGCUAUGGUGGCGUGGAAACGUAAAACCUACUGUAUAGAUGUGGCGCACGUGAAGUUGAAGUUAUUUCAGACUUUUCCAAACUGGGACACAGUGAACUAGGAACUUACCUCAUGGAGCUGAUUCAUAUUUUGUCAGUACAGAGAUGUCGUCAUGGUACCUACUGCAAGACUUCAGGCAGCUGCAGGCAAUUCUCCUUUACCUACGCGGUUGCAGACGCACAGGGAAUUUGAAAAAGGCGGACACGGGUCGACUCGUAUCGAACGCCAGCCGAGCGCCGCCGACCGUCGCCGAAGCGCGUUCGGGCCGCACUGCGCAGAACGCGACGACUUCCGUCCGCUGGCGCGCAGCGGACGAACCGGCCCGCUCGGCGGCGGCCAUGUUGGCGUCACCGUCGACGGCGGCCCACGUGGGACGUGACGAAACCGUCGGACGACGCCAGCGCGCCGCGACGCACCGCCCAGAAAAGCGCGGAAUAUUCAUUUCUGCACAUCUAUGGGUACUACACAAAUGGUGGUGUAAUGGCGGACUGCUGCUGUUACAGUGGCCUCUGAGCAGGAGAAAGCGCAAUGUGUUUGGUGGUUUCGUGAGACACGGUCGUCUGUCAGUGUUCGGUGUCACUACGGAAGUUCCUGUGGUUGGGAUCCACGGGGGCCAUCUCGAUGGUCGACGGUGUCAACCUAGCUGAACGAUACCCGACCCUUGUUGCUGUGGCUUACAGAACGUUGGCUACGAUGAGCAGAACAAGUUCUUCAUCUGUGCAACUGGAAGCAACGAUUUACUUCUGGAAACA